AUGGAAUCCUUCGAAGCGAUGCAGAGCCGCCAUCGCAAGGAGCAAAAGGACCUUCAAUCGCGCCUAACACAAAAGAAGAAAGGCGCAACCAAGAAGAAUAGAAAAGGGGUCAAUACCGAGUGUGAGGGAUUGGAACGACAAUUGAAGGAAAGGCAAGAGCAGGAGAUCCUUGCGCUUGGUGGUGACCCUGUACCUGAAGACAACGAAGUCCAAAUCGACGACGAGCCCACCGAUGUAAAGGGCGAUGUCAAGGGCAUUAUUCAAAGUCUCGAGACUACCACAAUUUCCGAGCCUACCACCUCCGAGAAUGGCCAGCCUCGAAAGCGCAAUCGGCAAAAGGAACGACUUGCACGACGAGCGGCAGAACAAGACGCGGUCGUAGAGGAGGCCAAGAAAGAGGCUGCGAACCAGCCAGACCCCAAGGCUAUAGAGCGAGAUAUAAUGCUGAAGCAGUUCAAGAUACAGGGGCUAGCGGAAAAGGUCAUUCGACCUGAUGGUCAUUGUUUGUUUUCAGCAGUCGCGGACCAACUCUCACAAAUGGGAAUUCCUCUCGGGGCGGGUUUAGACGCAGAGCUGAAAGAGGACCAACGAUAUAAGGCCGUGAGAAAGGCAGCUGCGAAAUAUAUCGAGGGUCAUCCUGACGAUUUUGUGGCUUGGUUGGACGAGCCUCUGGACAAAUACGUGGAGAAGAUUAGGGAUACAGCAGAAUGGGGCGGGCACCUAGAACUUCACGCUCUGGCCAAGACAUACAACGUGGAAAUAUGCGUUUUACAAAAUGGAGGGGCCCAAAAUAUAGAACCCCGGCUGGAGGGCUCGAAGGACCCAGAAAAGAUCUGGCUGGCCUACUAUCGCCAUGGUUUUGGCUUGGGCGAACAUUACAACUCACUACGGAAAGCACCCUGA